UGUCAAACAGGCAUACCACCUGCAUAAACCUAAAAAAUAAACUUUAACAGAAAGACGCCGCCAUUCUUCUGGUGACAUUUCACCACUAAUUGAACUGUGCAAGCAUUCGGAACAGAAAAAAUGGCUGAUUCUGAUGACGAAUAUGAUCGUAAGAGGCGAGACAAGUUUCGCGGAGAACGUGAACGUAGUUCGGGCGAUUACAAUCGAUCCGAUCGCCGAGACGAUCGGCCUAGAGGAGGUAGAGAGGAUUGGGCGGAUAGAGGUAGAGGCCGACCGGACUACAGAGAAUACCGUCGAUAUUCACCGGAUCGCGGUCCACCAGUAAAACGUAUGCGCCAAGAAUGGGGCGAUGAUGGCCGUCCGAUACGUUACGGUGGUAAAUUUAGAUUAGGUCACGACGGUUAUAUGCCAUAUGGAGGACCUGGUGGCUGGGGAGGUCAUGAUCAUUAUCCAAUGCAUGGCGGACAUGCACCUUUUCCGCCCAAUCGUGGUGGACACGGAGGAAGUGGAGGCGGUGGCGGCGGUGGUGAUCCGCAAGCGAAUGGCGAUUUACAAACACAACCGCCGAUGUUGACGUUAAAACAGUUUCUUGCAACGCAAGAUGAUUCGAUUUCGGAUGCCGAUGCUAUGAGCAAAUACAGUGAAUACAAACAGGAUUUUAAACGGCAGCAAUUAAACGAAUUUUUCGUCACCCACAAAGACGAAGAAUGGUUCAAGAUCAAAUACCAUCCGGAAGACUCGAAUCGAAGAAAGGAAGAACAGCUGAGUUUCCUGAAGAACCGUGCGGAUGUAUUCACGAACCUCCUCAAUUCCGGUGAUGUAACAACCGUUAGUGUCGACACAACACAAACCGAGAAGCUGUUGAGACUUCUGGACACAGUUGUCAUCCGGUUAGAGGGCGGCACCGACGAAGAUUUAAAAGUUUUGGAUGAGAAACCAGCUGAACCGAAACAAUUUGAACCGCCACCACGGCCUGCGACUAUUUCCAAGAACAACGACGAUGAAAACGUAGCAGUUAAGCCAGCCGGGCGACCGAAUAAUCCGUUUGCCAAGAAAAUUGAGGAUGAAGCGACGAAAGGUGACAACGAUUUUAAUUGGAAAACAUCGAACACCACUUCAUCCGGCAAGAAGUCCAAGAAUGAUGACGACGAGGAGGAUUGGGAUGUGGAUUCGGAGGAUGGCAAGAAUGCGGUGCCGAAUGAAGCUAAUAAGAAGACGGAAGAUGAUGAUGACGAAUGGGGCGAGAAUAAGAAAAGUGAAAUUGAAUCUGGUGCAAAGGGAUGGGAUGAUGAGCCAGCGUCACCAGAUCAGAAAGAUCAACCUAGUUCUCCAGAUGUGAACGAUAAGCAGAUGGAUUGGAAUGAAGAGCAAAAUAAAGAAGUGAAAAAUGAGGUAUCCGAUAUUCCAGAAAGUAAUCCAAGGAAGAGAUCCCGUUCGGAGUCUAGUAGUUCAUCAUCCAGUUCGAGUGAUUCAGAUGCUGAAACGUCACCAAAACAAACUAUACCCCAAGCUGCUGAUUCCAUGGACGGUGAAACUAAUGAACCCAAGGACGCAGAAAUGGAAAGCGUAGAAGACACGGUUCCGUCUGAGCAUCCAAAGGACUCAGAAGCAAUUGACGAAAAAGUCGAAACCGACCCAGAAAAGACAGCCAAGGAUGAUGUGGACAAAGAUGACAGCAAAACGGAAGACAAAGUCGAAACGAUCGAUUUGGACAAGGAAAGUGACACAAAGGAGGAGGGACCGGUUCACAAAGCAUUGCAUCGAACCAGUUCGAUUUUCCUUCGUAACUUAGCUCCAACUAUAACCAAAGCUGAGGUCGAGGCAAUGUGCAAACGUGUGAUGAGCAAUGGUUUUCUGCGAGUUGCUAUUGCAGAUCCUUUGGUGGAACGUAGAUGGUUCCGACGCGGCUGGGUAACAUUCGAACGUGACGUCAACAUCAAGGAAAUUUGUUGGAAUUUGAACAACAUUCGGUUGAGGGACUGCGAACUUGGAGCAAUCGUCAACCGUGAUCUCAGUCGACGCGUUCGUCCAGUAAAUGGAAUCACUGCGCACAAAGUAAUUGUUCGCAGUGACAUUAAACUGUGUGCGAAAAUCACAUACAAUUUGGAUAACAAAGCCGGUUUGUGGAUCAACAGUGAUGCUGCUGCCCAGGACAAUGGAAGUACCACGUUCGGUCUCAAUUCGAACAAUCCCGUUCUUCAAAAUAUCACCGACUACUUGAUCGAAGAGGCAUCGGCCGAAGAAGAUGAACUCCUUGGAUUGUCCACCAACGAGAGUAAGGACGCUGAAGGUGAAUUGCUGGAAAAAGACAUCCAUUUGAUAUCGGUACUGGAUAAGCUAAUUCUAUACUUGCGUAUCGUCCAUUCGGUUGACUUUUACAAUCAUUGUGAAUAUCCGUAUGAGGAUGAAAUGCCCAAUCGUUGUGGUAUUAUCCACGCUCGUGGACCUGCACCGCAAAACAAGGUCACCAGUAACGAAGUUCAGGAGUACAUACGGAAUUUCGAGGGAAAAAUGUCAUCAUUUUUGGCGAAGAGUCAACCCAUUGAGGAGGAGGAAUUGAAAAAACUUGGCACCAAGGACACUGAAGCUGAGGUCGAGAAAUUCGUUCAAGCAAACACGCAAGAACUAGCGAAAGAUAAGUGGCUCUGCCCAUUGUCGGGUAAAAAGUUCAAGGGUCCCGAUUUCAUUCGCAAGCACAUUUUCAACAAACAUGGGGAAAAGGUCGACGAAGUUAAGCGUGAAGUUGAAUUUUUCAAUAACUAUCUGCGAGAUCCGAAAAGACCCCAACUGCCAGAACAUCCUGGAAACAAUCGUAAACCGCCAGAAAUGCAACAACAACCAGGAGGUUUUCGACCGGGAGGUUUUCAUCAUGCACCAGUUUAUGGAGCUCCAUACGGAUAUGCACCGCCAAUGAUCAUUCCACCAAGGGGACCUCGAGGUGGAUACGGUGUGAGACGCGGUGGCGGUCCGGUAGGUGGUGACAGUCGACCAAUUAUUCAUUAUAGAGAUUUGGAUGCACCUAGGGAGCCAGAAGAUUUUUUGUAAAGGAAACAUAAGCACUAUGUUUUUUCAACUGCUAAAUAAAUAUUCUAAAUAGAGUUGUCUA